ACGCUCAGCGGCUGGCCAUGCUGCCGAUGAAAUCGGGGCGCGAGUGGCGUCCCUCUCCGGGUCUCCCGCGGGGCCAGGGCUGAGGUGCAGCGGGGGGAAUAGCGGGACUUGGUGGUGAGGUUUCUUCCCCCUGCCACCGGAGGUGGGGACCUGGCGAUCCCUGCCUGUGCUAUCCCGCAAGAGAAGGGGGUUGGGGGAAUACGGGGCUCCCCAAGGAGCAGGGCCCGUCAUCACUUGUGUAGCUGGUGCCCAAAGCAGGGUCGUGUCCUGAGAACUCGUUAUCUCCCCUGGUGAUGCUUGGCACGCGUUGGCCACUAUACCCAGCUCGGGAUCGGAGCAGCCGAGAACUGCCCGGAACGGGUGCGUCUCGCAGCGCUUGCUCCCGCGGGGAGGGGAGCGCUUUCAUCAGCGCACCCAGUUGGCGGAAGCGCAUGGCGGCGCCCACUGGGGGAGCGGUGUAGUUGGUGAACCCCCCCAUAGCCAUGGCUGCCGGGAGGGCGGCUAGGACCGGAUUAAGCGGGCUCUUCGCUGUGUACAAACCUCCCGGAGUGGCUUCGAUCAGGGUGCGGGACACCGUGGAGACCCUGCUCCUGAAAGACUGUGUCCCAUUGUUUUCUGUACCAUUUCCUGUAGAACUGAACUCUCUGGAACAGCCAGCUGUGCAGCAGCAAGUACGCUUCCUGCCAACCACUGUAGAAGGAAAUGCUGGGAAAGAGCUGACCCUCACUGUUACCCAGUUGCCUGUCCUGGCUGCCCACCCACUAGUUAGAGGACCAGAGUUCACUCACUUGAAAAUCGGAGCAGGUCACCGUCUGGAUACAAAGUCAUCUGGAGUGUUUGUGCUUGGAGUGGGCCAUGGGAACAAGCUGCUCACUGAUAUGUACAACGCCCAUCUUACUAGGGCUUAUACUGUUCGUGGACUGUUUGGCAAAGCCACAGAUGACUUCUCAGACACAGGCAGGCUAAUAGAGAAGACCACAUUUGAUCAUGUCACAAGGGACAAGCUGGAGCAGAUUCUUGCUGUCAUUCAGGGAACCAAUCAUAAAGCUCUGCUGAUGUACUCUAACAUUGACCUGAAAACUCAAGAGGCCUACGAGCUGGCUGUUGAAGGUUUAAUUCGCCCAAUGGAAAAAACCCCUCCAUUAAUCACAGCAAUUCGAUGCCUCCAAUUUGCACCUCCAGAAUUCCAGCUAGAAAUCCAGUGUUUGCAUGAGACCCCGCAGUACCUCCGAAAGAUAGUUCAUGAGAUUGGCUUGGAGCUGAAAUCAACUGCUGUGUGCACCCAGGUGCGGCGGAUACGGGAUGGCUUUUUCACACUUGACAGUGCUCUCCUGCGAACGCACUGGAACCUGCAGAAUAUCCAGAAUUCAAUUCAAGACUCAAAGAUCAAAGUGAAAGUGGGGCUUCAGAGAAGCUUGAGCUGCCAAGCUAGGAGUGGUAAAAGACAUACCGAUAUGGAUCAGGUUGCAGAGAGCAAACUGCACAGUACAGAGGGAACGUCUGCAAGCGAUCUGACUCAUAAAAUGAGAUAACCACACGCUGACUGACAAGUGGAGAGUAAUAGGAAGGGGAAAUGGUGGUUACAGUUCACAAAUAGCCCUUCCUUUGGGGGGUCCUUGAUUUUGUAAGGGUUGCUUGUGUUUUCAUUCAAGCAAGGCAUUUCUGCAUUGACAUGCAGAAUAAUUUUUGUAAGUAUUGCACAACGCUGCAGCAAAACUGUUGAUAUCUGAGAUGAGUGUACAUUUCCCUGCAAAGCCAAAACUGCUACUGACUUCAGUGAGAACAUCAGGUUGGUGAGGGAUGUAAGAGCAGGCCCUUCAAUUAGUUUAGAGAUUGGAAUACAACCAAUGUGUUGCAGGCUUUACUACUUUUAUUCUCUUUAUGCGCCUUGUGACAGAGUGUGACCUCAGUGGUUCUUCUCCCAAUUUCAUAUAUAUAUUUUUUAUUAUGACACUUUCUAUAGAUCAGCCCCAUUUUCAAAUACAUGAAAGGGGUAAAGAUUAAUUGUUCAAACCAAGAAAGGGUUCUGCCUAGGGGAAACUACAAUGUAAGCAACUAAGACGAAAGUAGCGAGGUAAUACUAUUUCUCAUGCAGGGUAACUAAUAUCUGGAGUUGAAGCGGGAGAAAGGAGAGAGAGGCUUGUUAUAGGAAGACUGGAGUAGGAUGUAAAAACAAGAAGUUGGAAUGGGGUGAAUUAAAAUCCAAGCUAAUAUAUUUUAUGGGGAUGGAUGCUAUUAUUUGAUACUCAAAUUUAAGUCAACGGGGCCAAAAGCCCCUGCAUUUUGUUUGCAUGCAUCUAUAGUCCUCCAUCAUUUUAUUUUUUCCUGCCCUUCAGCAAAAUUGUAUGUUACCUUUAAAGAGAAACAGCAAGGGAGUACAGCUUCAGAAUUCACUGAGAUUCCAUUAGUGCUCAUUUAAAGCUACAAAUCACUAUUUUACAUAAACAAUGACAGGUACAUUAGCAAUUAGCUCAUGUAUUUCUAAAAUGUGUAGGGCUCAAAGUGUGAUGCCAAGAUGUACUAAAGGAUUGCAAUCUAA